AUGGAGAUUAGGAUGUCUCCAUCAUCCUCCAAUAGCGCGGCGAGUCCAACCAUGACCGAAAUGCGCUCGAACUUUAUGCCAGAGGAAAUGCCCCCAAUGAACACGGGACUGUCAACAGUUCAAAUUGCAGGCAUUGGGGCCGGAGCUGGCCUCGCAGGCUUACUCGUGAUCGCCUUGCUUUUCCUGUUCUUCCGGCGGCGUAAGCAGGCAAAGGAAGACAAAUCUGCAUUUUCCAAACAGAUUUCCUCGCCCGACACAGAUACUUCUCAGAUCAGCAGCUGGGGCGCUUCCAGACCUAGACAGCCACCGGUUGAUAAACGACGCAGCUUUUGGCGAGUCAGCAUCAAGCCAGAAGAAAUCGGAAUCGCCGUGUCUGAGAGGCCGGGCAAACGUGAAAGCGGCUCGUCGCAAGUGAGCAUGCCGAAGCAACCAACACCGACCAUGCCAGCCAGGUACGCGGAUCCGCGAAGCUCUUGGCCGUCUCUGACACGGGUGAAUGCUGCUGCACCCCCUCGGCCUCCACGAGACAGCGUGGCAACCAUCUUCGAUGAAGACAUAGAGCAACAGCCGAAUGGUCCACCCCGAGUAUCUGUGGGAGGAGUUAACUUCGCCCUCGCUGAACCUGUCAAGUCCAGCCGAGCCAGAAAUACGCCACAACCUCUUCAGCUCAAUCAGCAGGCGGUGCCUUCCCCGAUUUUUUCUGCAGCAACGUCCAGCGCAUUGCCUCUUACGCCCACGUAUGAUAACGGCAAUUUCAUCGCCACCCCUAAUAGGUCGAUCGCACCAAACAGCAUCGACGCAGCACUGGCGGCCACUCUUCCCGUGUCCUCGAUGGCCCCAGGUGGUUCUGACAACGUCUCGCCAACACCUUCGCCGCGUCGCAAUCGCCUACAAAAGAAGUCAUCGCCUAAGAAGCCGCCUCCUACCGCUGCGUCCUAUCCCACAAGGCAAGAUUCGAUGUCGACAGAGUUCGACACUGAUACUACACCAGGGGAAGAUGAGAGGCGUCUUGAGACGAAAGCGAGCAGUCCUCUGGCGGUGAUCCCGCAAAGCCCACAGAGUCCAAUCUCCAACUUACGAUAUCCAAGCGUUCCAGAAUCGGCUGCGGUAUCCCCCCAAGCACGAGGCAAUCAUGCGCAACCACAGCAGGUAGUCAGAUCACCUUCCCUUACCCAAUUCCCUCUCCCCAACAGCGACCGCCAGCGGAGAAACACACUCUUUCGUAACGACCAAAGCUUCAUCACCAUUGAUAGCGUCUCUUCUGAAGGCCGCAAUUCUGAUUACUCCAUUGAAUGGCCCGUACCACCGACCAAUCGCCCACAAGAUCUGGGGCCCCUCUCGCCGUUGUCGAGGAUCAUGAAUCGGGCGACGGUUGAGACCCAAUAUAGCAUCCAACGUGCCUCGGAAGCUCAUCUUUCACCUAGUUCUCAGGCGACCAUCACACCAGGGUCGAAACCAGGCGACUUGUUUUUCAAAGUAGUGAUGCGCUGA